CUCCAGAGGCGUGUUAACAAAACCAGACUCAUAGAGCCACAAACAGAGACCUUCAGAGACGAGUUUAACUGCUUUUGAAUUUUAAGAGCAUUGAGACGUCAAAAGUUGUGUUACCUGUUUUUCUGAGACAAACUUGGUGUCAAAGAGGAUCAGAAGAAGAAUUCAGAGAAGACAAAAGCGAGGUGGCCUUUUCUUGAGUUGAGUCAUGGACUGGAAGACUUUCCAAGCCCUACUAAGUGGAGUGAAUAAAUACUCCACUGCAUUUGGUCGCAUCUGGCUCUCUGUGGUUUUUGUGUUUAGAGUGAUGGUUUACGUUGUAGCUGCGGAAAAAGUUUGGGGUGAUGAGCAGAAAGACUUUGACUGCAACACAAAGCAACCGGGCUGCUCGAACGUCUGCUACGACCACUUCUUCCCCAUUUCCCACAUCCGUCUGUGGGCCCUGCAGCUCAUCUUCGUCACCUGUCCAUCGCUAAUGGUGGUCAUGCACGUGAAGUACCGCGAUGAACGUGAACGCAAGUAUCGUGCCAAGCAUGGCAAAAGCGCCAAGCUCUACUACAACACUGGAAAGAAACACGGUGGACUUUGGUGGACCUACUUGAUCAGCCUUUUUGUCAAGACUGGCAUAGAGAUCACCUUCCUGUAUAUCCUCCAUUACAUCUACGAAAGUUUCGACCUGCCUCGGUUGGUGAAGUGUAAAGUCCAACCAUGCCCUAAUGUUGUGGACUGCUACAUUGGCCGACCCACAGAGAAAAGGCUCUUCACCUACUUCAUGGUUGGAGCUUCAGCACUGUGCAUUGUGCUCAGUGUUUGUGAGAUUAUCUAUCUCAUCUCCAAACGCAUCAUUCUCUGUGCCAACUUGUUUAAAAGGCAUCACAGAAGCAACACGCUGCUUCAUGGACGAUACAGAGAUGAGGACAGUAACUGCACUGUUCCUAUGCACAAGCUGGACGAUAAACCUGAGUACAAGCCUGAGUCUAAAUCAAAGUUUGGGUCUGAGUAUAAACCAGAAUCUAAACCACAGUUUAAACCUGAGUACAAGCCUGAGUCUAAAUCAAAGUUUGGGUCUGAGUAUAAACCAGAAUCUAAACCACAGUUUAAAUCUGAGCUCAAGCCAUCCUUUAAACCAGCUUACAGGCAGAGUGUGGACAUGAGAGCCUCUGCUCCAGAUCUCUCAAUACCUAUGUAUAAAAAACAAUCUGAUAUACUCUAGAACAUGUUUUGGUUCUCCACCAAGUCAUCUGGAGGCACAAAACAGGCUUCAAACCUAAGCUCUCAAAUCUCCUAGACAUGUUUUUUUACCUUCCAUGGAGACUUGCAAAAACUGUCAGUCUUGGAUCCUUGUCAGUUGCAGCAAACUUUGCUCCAGAAAUACCAGGGAUUAAGUGUCUCGCCCAUUGACACAGUGAUGAUUAACUUCCUGUGUCACUGCUACCUGGGAUCAAACCUGGUGUCUUGAUUGCCAGCCUAGUUCUUUAGGCUCCAACACCAGCUCAAAGUACUGCCUUCUUAAUGUUACCAUGAUCCUAAAUAGUGGUUGACUGAUGGGUUUUUCAGUGGCUGCUACAAUGUGGCAUACAGAUAUUAUAGCAAUAAAUAUGUGAUAUAGGCUAAUACAUACCGCAGGGGUGGUUAUCAGACAAUACUGAUACUUUCAAACUGGCCAAAUAUUGACCAAUUUAUCUGUCAAGCCAAUAUAUUGUAUAUUGGUCUAUCACUAAUUCUAAAAAAGUUAAAAUUAAUUCAUUUUCUUCUAAUUUAUUCUUCCCUCUGUAAAGCAUUCCUUACAUAAGAGAACAAAGGUGAAACCCAUGAAAAAGCUGUGUUAUCAAAUAACCAGGAAUGCAUUCACUGAGAACACACCUUGCACAAACCCCACCUUCACAAGCACACAAAAAGAUACAGGAUGGAGGAGAUGGAGCUGCACUGAAUGUGAAAAUAUGUAAAUGUGUCACUGAUUUACUGAAACUUUUUUUGUCUCAUUUUCUCAUGUCUUAGUAUUUGUUACAAAGAUCCGAUUAAAGAGGUUUCAUAGCUGAUAUUCAUCUGCAGUCACACAUGGAUGUACUCUCUCUGAACUCAAAUUCAAACCUCUGCUGAAAAAACAACAAUGGCCUCAUAAUAUGGUAAAUCAAGAAAACAUGUAUUCCUCCAUUAUUCAUUAUAAAACAACAACAACCUGUGGACUAACCUCAUCUGUUUUACACUUGGUUGGGAUUUGUAGGAGUUGAGGCUGACUUUGUUCAGACUUGUUCGUUAUAAAAUAACAUUUUUAGCUGAGAUUGGUCCUACACACCCUGCCUUUGUAUCAAAAAGUAAAUGAACGCACUGAAACGUACUUUUUAAUGAAAUGUUUGCAUGCUACUAUUCAUUGUUUUUCAAAAACGUCCAAAAUUGAAGACAAAAAGGUAAAGAGGUUCUUGUCUUGUAUGACAUUUACUAACAGCGUGACUGUACAGUGUUGUAAAUACUGGAUUACUUUUAAAUCAAGAAGUUUUAAAAAAGUGUGUUUAUUUUGAUACUGUAUGAAUAAAGUGUGUGUGUGUGUGUGUGUGUGUGUGUGUAUGUAUAUAUAUAUAUAUAUAUAUAUAUAUAUAUAUAUAUAUAUAUAAAAAUGGCCAUUUUGUCUAAUUUUAGAAGAUAAACUUUGAUAAAAAAUUGGUUCAAAACAUGGAAACAAGGAGGAAGCAGAUAGAAUAAAGAGAAGUGAAUAAACACCCAUGGAACAAGAGUGUGAUUAAAACGCAAUAAAAGGCAUUCUUGGUCAGAAAAUUA